CACAAAUUGCCGACCUUGACAUUGGCUGAUCUUGACAUAACGUCAAAAAGAUGGCCAGACCGGUGACCAAAUUCGUUAGACAAGUUUCCUUACUUUCAGAAACACAAAAUCUGAGAAAUCUAAAGCACGUGAAGAGAGUAACAUGUAUACGAUGUCAGCAUAUAGCAAAUCUAGCUGGUCAGAAGAAUGUGAAUAUACAACAGACCAGGACUUUCUUCACCCUUCCUGACCUGCCUUUUUCUGGUAAUGGAAACAAAAAGAAGGAAUACUCAGAAAGAAGACUACUUGGUUACUCAGACACACAAAUGUGGGAUAUUGUUGCGGAAGUUGAAAAGUACAACCAGUUUGUACCAUGGUGCACGCAGUCGAUUGUUACAAACCGCCGGCCUGAAGUUAUCGACUGUAAACUUCAAAUCGGAUUUCCUCCCGUGCAUGAGAGGUACUCUUCACGUGUGACGUUGGAUCGACCAAGUAUAGUAAAGUCUGUGUGUACGGACGGGCGGCUGUUCAGUCACCUGGUUACUAUAUGGAAGUUCAGUCCGGGAUUGCCUGAUCAACCUAACACAUGCACCCUCGACUUUUCUGUUUCGUUUGAGUUCAAGUCCAAGCUACAUUCACAGUUAUCGCAUAUGUUUUUUGACGAAGUGGUUCGUCAGAUGGUCAAUGCUUUCCUAAAGCGGGCCAAGGUUUUACAUGGGCCUGCAUCCAUCAAGGCCCAGAAACCCAAAAUCCUUGUGUACAACUCUUGAUGAUGGCUUUUGUUAUAAAAUUAAUUAUUGAUUUUUUUUCGUCAGGGAAAAUUCAAGGGGAAGGGCACUUAGUACUUGUUAUUGAAUGUUAUUGCUUUAGAAGGCCACAACAAUUUUUAUGCCCCCACAAAGUGGCGGCAUAUAGGGUUGCCCUUGUCCGUACGUACGUCUGUCCGUACGUACGUACGUAUGUCCCGAAGAUUGUUUCCGAUCUAAUUCUUGAAAACCGUUUGUCCAAUCCUCACCAAACUUUAAACACAUGUUUGUGACCAUAAUAUCUUGAUCAAGUUCGAUAGUCAUGGAAAUCGCUUUAGUCAUUUAGGAGUUACGGCCCUUUUUUGCCAAAAAUACUUCAAAAAUAUAUGUUUCCAAUCUAAUUCUUGAAAAGUAUGUGUCCAAUCCUCACCAAACUUUACAUACAUGAUUGUGACCAUAAUAUCUUGAUCAAGUUCGAUAGCCAUGGAAAUCGCUUUUGUCAUUUAGGAGUUACGGCCCUUUAUUUGCAAAAAAAGACUUGAAAAAUACGUCCCGAAGAUUGUUUCAGAUCUAAUUCUUGAAAACUGUUUGUCCAAUCCUCACCAAACUUUAAACACAUGUUUGUGACCAUAAUAUCUUGAUCAAGUUCGAUAGUCAUGGAAAUCGCUUUAGUCAUUUAGGAGUUACGGCCCUUUAUUUGCAAAAAAAGACUUGAAAAAUACGUCCCGAAGAUUGUUUCAGAUCUAAUUCUUGAAAACUGGUUGUCCAAUCCUCACCAAACUUUAAACACAUGUUUGUGACCAUAAUAUCUUGAUCAAGUUCGAUAGUCAUGGAAAUCGCUUUAGUCAUUUAGGAGUUACGGCCCUUUUUUGCCAAAAAUACUUCAAAAAUCAUUAUGGCUUAUUUUCUGUGACAAAAAACCGAAGUGGGGGCAUCCGUGUCCUAUGGACACAUUUCUAGUUAUUUUUUUAUUUUUGUUUGAUGAAUUUUAGAUUAAUUUUGGCUGAAAAUUAUUGCAGUUGCUAGUGAAAAGAAACAACCAUUUUUCAUGAAGGUUAAAAAUAGAAGUUGUUUAUUUAUUGUAGUUAUUGAGAAUGGAAGUUAUCAGCAUUAUAUUAACACUUUAUUAUAUCUUUGAAGUAAAAUACUCCCAUGAUGUAUUACAUUGGCCAUUAUAUAUAAAUUGUGAAAUCCUCCAAAAAUCAUGAGUGACAUAAACACAUAUUUUUGCGUCAUUUGAAGCAACAAUGCAUUAAAAGAAAGUUUUUUCAGGUAUUACAUAUUGUCAAAACAUGACGAUUUAAACUGUAAAAUGCUAUUUAAGCUAUUUUGUAAGUCUAAUGAACAAAACACCAAUUUUCUGUAACUUAGACUGUAUGAUUAGAGAGAUGAAAGCAGGAAGGCUGUAAUUGCUUUUUAUAUUUCAUUUUAAUUGAUAAUAUAACUCAUAUAGCAAUCCUUAUUGUUAAAGACCCUUGAUAUGGUGAAAGGGGGUAAAAUUUGUUAUUUAUAAAUGUGUCAUAUUUUAUUGUAUACCCGGUAUGUCUUUAUUUUUCUCUCGUUUGUUUUUCAAAGAAAAAAAAUACAGUUAUAGUCUGGGUAUCAUUGUCAUAUGUGUUGGUGGGCAAGAACUUUAAUCUUUAUCAUAGCUCAAAAAACAUUAAAAGUAUUCAAAUGAAACUUUGUACACUUGUUCCCAUUGACAAUGCACAAGCAUAUAGCAAGUUCUGUAACUCUGACUCUUUUAAUUGCCCCUGUAUAGGCUGAAAAAAAUCCUACAAAAACUUUUGAUGAAAAUAUUUCAAGUAGGCGUUGAACGUCUUCAAAAUAAGGGUUGAAAAGUCCAAACAGGCAGGGCUUGAAAAGCAUUAAGAAUAGUGGUUGAAAAGUCUAAGGGCUGAAAGGUGUUCGUAUUCAGAAGGGGUUGAAAAGUCAUGGUGUUUCCUCUGUUUUGGCCCCAAAACUUCAAAAUUGAAAUUGUUGCAUUUUAUCUGAUCUAUACAAAACAUGAUUAGUUUGUCUAUAGUGUGAUGGGCAUACUCCUAUUUUGUACUGGUGUCCUCUUUUUUACACAGUUGCAUUGGCAUCCAUAAUGUGUAGCAAUGUCCUCAGCUAUGGUUUGAACAAUUGUGGACUUAUGGCCCUUGUUUGACUGGAAAUAACAGAUGAGUGUUGCUUCUUCUUGCUGAGGUUUUAAUAAUACUGACUUUAACAGAAGUUUUAAUACACAACUUUAUUUUGUAGUUAAGUGUUUGUCUCAGAUAUGGGUACACUUGCCUACCGUUUGAUUCAUUUGUUUUAUAUUCAUGACAUAUUUUAUUCCAUUGCCAUUGCUUAGGGCAAUCUUAAAUAAUGGUUAUUUCAGUAGCGUGCCACAGACUUUUAAAAUAGGAUGGGAUUUUUUUUAAACUUAAGUUUUUAAUAUUUAAUAAAUGAAAAGCAUAUAACAGAAAUAUUUUUACUUGCUCUGAAUGUUUUUAAAUACCAGUGAGCCUUUCCAGCCAGUGCAAAUUACAAUUUUUUAGCUUAUCUGUUUUUGAAAGAACAAAAGCUCAGGUAAUGUCAUAGUCAUGGUGUAGAACUGUUGUAAAAUCUAAAAGCUUGGCCAUAACUCAAAAACAUUCAAAGGUUUUUAAAUGAAACUUUUUACAUAUGUUGCCAGAGAUGAUAAGGUUAUGAAAAUAAAAGCACAUAGCUCUUCCUUUAACAAUUGUUAUGCCUUUUUUUCAACUGCAAAAAAACAGACAAGCUUCGGGGUUUACGUCAUGGCUCUUUUUUAAAGGGACUAGACACCAGAUUGUUUCAAAAAUGGCAAAUACAUUAUUUCCACACGACAUGCCUACAAUUGUCAAUACAAGCUAGUAUGAGGCAGAUAAUACCUUAUUUAAAUGAUUAAAAGAAUAUUUUGUCGCUGUCUCAGCUGAGUAAACCCGUUUUAAAAUAGCGCAUAAUGGUUUCCCAGUUUAUAGUGUAUAUACAAAGUCAUGUAAUUACGCUGUGAAAGUCAUGAUAUUAGUACAUAAACAUAUAUAGACGCUACCGGUAUUUUAAAUUUACCGGUAUUUACGUGGUAGACAAACCAAGUCAAAUAGGAAUUGGAAAGAGAACAAGUAAAAACUCUGAAAGAUUCAUGUGUCAUAAGUGAUGUGAUACAUCAGUAAGUAAGGUUCAAUGUGCUGCACACAAUGAUGUCAAUUGUAUGUAAGUUUUUGACAAUUUUCUUUUUUCUUGCAAUUAUACCAUCUGGUGUCUAGUCCCUUUAACAUUUGCCAUGAUAACCCUGUCUUGUACAGCAAAAUAAACUGACUUUUUUGCUGGCUGUGCUGGUACAUGUUGUAAUUGUUUUAUAAUUGAAACGGUUUUAUUGUUUAACAAGUUAGAUAUUUGUAUUUCAUGUACAUUUAAAUCAGAAUUAAAACGUUUCGUAAGUGCACAUAUUUGUUUUAAUUUAAUUCAAGAAAAAAAUUUGAAUGAAAAGUGAGAAAUGAGUGAUGUCGAAGAAAUUGUUAAUAAGUUGUUACCAUAUUUGGUGUUAUAGAUGAAUUUCUGAAGAAAGAAUCAGAAAUCCAAAAAAAGUAAUAAGUAAUUGCGUUGUUAUGUUUACAUUUUGAAUGUACAUGCUAAAAUAAAUUUUUAAUCCAA